GCGGGCGUAGUGACGCAUUUCAAGUCGUGCGUACGUGGUGACGCGAUCGGACUGAGCUCCAAGGGAAGAUGUUGGGAGUCCGGGCGGUGGUGGCAGCGGGGCUGUGCGGGCGGGUCCGAGCCCGCGCUCUGCGGAGAUGCCCUUGGCACUCUGCAGCUUGCUGCCUUGUGAUGCACGAUGUACAUCCCUAUGCCACUCAGGUGACACAGGCGGUACUGGAGAAAACAGCAACUGACACCGCAAAAAACACAACGGACAAGAAGAUGGUCGCCAUGGAAUCCAAGUCGUUUGCUGUGAACAUGUUUCGGGGUCAGUUCCAAACUGAGCAGGUGUUCCCCUUCCCGUCCGUUCUGAGUGAUGAGCAGGAGCAGUUUCUCCGAGAAUUAGUGGGACCAGUCAGCAAGUUUUUCCAGGAGAUCAAUGACCCAGCAGCCAACGACUCUCUGGAGAAAGUGGAGGACAGCACGAUGGAAGGCCUGAAGGAGAUGGGGGCAUUCGGUCUGCAGGUGCCCUCUGAACUUGGGGGACUGGGACUCACCAACACACAGUACGCUCGGCUGGUCGAGAUUGUUGGCAUGCAUGACCUAGGUGUGGGGAUCACUCUGGGUGCUCACCAAUCCAUCGGUUUUAAAGGGAUUCUCCUGUUUGGAAACGAUUCCCAGAAGAAGAAGUACCUUCCGAAGCUGGCUACAGGGGAAACAAUUGCUGCCUUCUGUCUGACUGAGCCUGCAAGUGGGUCGGAUGCUGCAUCUAUCAAAACCACAGCCGUCAAGAGCAACUGCGGAAAAUAUUACAUCCUUAACGGGGGCAAAAUCUGGAUCAGUAAUGGUGGCCUGGCUGAUAUCUUCACCGUCUUUGCAAAAACGUCAGUGACGGACGAAGCCACUGGUAAAGUAAAGGACAAAAUCACCACCUUCAUUGUAGAGAGGGGAUUCGGUGGAGUGACAAGUGGCCCACCGGAAAAGAAGAUGGGGAUUAAAGCAUCAAAUACAGCAGAGGUGCACUUUGACAAUGUUAAGGUGCCUGUGGAGAAUGUUCUGGGAGAGGUUGGCAGUGGGUUUAAAGUGGCCAUGAACAUCUUGAACAAUGGACGCUUUGGCAUGGCAGCUGCCCUCUCUGGGACAAUGAAAGGAGUCAUUGCCAGGGCAGUUGACCAUGCUGCAAACCGCACCCAGUUUGGGGACAAGAUUCACAACUUUGGCGCUAUCCAGGAGAAGGUUGCUCACAUGGCAAUGCUGCAGUAUGUGACAGAGUCAAUGGCAUACAUGAUCAGUGCAAACAUGGACUCGGGGGCUACUGAGUUCCAGAUUGAAGCUGCCAUCAGCAAGAUCUUUGCGAGUGAGGCUGCCUGGACAGUAACUGACGAAUGUAUUCAGCUCAUGGGCGGAAUGGGUUUCAUGAAGGAUGCUGGGGUUGAGCGGGUGAUGAGGGAUCUUCGGAUCUUCCGCAUUUUUGAAGGAACAAAUGAUAUUCUCCGACUUUUCGUUGCACUCAAUGGUAUUCAGACCGCUGGAAAUCACCUGAAGAGGCUGCAGGGAGCACUGAAGAAUCCUGUUGGAAAUGCCACCCUGCUAAUAGGUGAAUUCAACAAGCGGGCACGAAGGAAGGCUGGGCUGAGUACAGGCAUCAGCCUGGGCAACAUUGUACACCCAGAGCUGAAACCGAGCGGGGAGCUGAUGGUGAAAGCUAUCGAAAAGUUUGGUGGCUGUACGGAAGACCUGCUGUUGAAGUAUGGGAAGAGAAUUGUAGACGAACAGUUCCUGCUGAAGAGGGUAGCAGACAGUGCCAUUGACCUGUACGCCAUGGUGGUUGUUCUGUCACGGGCCUCCCGUUCUCUGAGCCAGGGACAUGCGACUGCUCAACAUGAGAAACUGCUUUGUGAAACCUGGUGCAUUGAGGCUUAUGCUCGCAUUAUGGACAGUCUGAACGCCCUCAGCUCCAGCUCUGCCAAGCAAGUCUUCAAAAACAUGCGUGCUAUCUCAGCAGCGGUGGUGAGCAAUGGUGGCACUGUAACUCCUCAUCCCUUGGGAUUUUAAGAAGGGAACACACCCCUGCUUGCCAGGUUGGAAUGUAAAUCUGCAGCCACAUCUGCUAGAAACCAGCACCUCACUUUUUGUGAAUUGGAGGUUUAAUUACAGAGCCUAAUCCCACCUGCCCAGUUUCAGACUGUUAACCAGGAGUGCCUUGAUUGGUGCUGCUACAGUUUUAAUUCCUGCAAAAGUUUAAGUAACGUUGUCCUAUUUGAAUCAAGUUUAUCUGUGCACUUGUAGACAUGAGCGUUAUCACUAGGAUUUUAAUAACCAAUCCAAUAACAAGGUAUAACACUGGGGUACAGUAUUGGUAGAUAGAAGUCUGGGUACAUUGACCUGGGAGUGUUUGAUGGGGACAGGGUAGAGGGAGCUUUACUCUGUAUCUAACCCUGUGCUGUACCUGUCCUGGGAGUGUGUGAUGGGGACAGUGUAGAGGGAGCUUUACUCAGUAUCUAACC